CUUGUUACUUAGGGGGGAUUACUGUCGUCUUCGCGAUUAGUCACGGCAUAGGUUAAAGUGUUUACAGAUUGAAAUUAUUUUGAAGCAUAUAAACAAAGAGUAAUUUGUUCAAAAAAAAAAAAAAAAAAAAAAAAAAGAAAAAAUAGAAAAGAAAAAAGUUACAAAAUACAAAAUGUCUUCCUUCGAUUUAAAGAAUUGGCCAAUUUUUAGCUUAUUAGAAUCUAAAUUCAUUGCCAGUAUUCAAAUGGUCGUAGUAUAUGAUUUCUCUUGCAGGUAACUUAGGUAAUGAAGCUUUAAUUGUAACAAAGGAUGAUAUGGUAUACGGUUUGGGAUGCAACAUUACUGGUUGUCUUGGAACAGGAGACGCGCAUAGUACUCUUCAUCCUAAAAAAGUAGAAGCCCUUUGUGAAAAGGGUAUAAAAACUUUUGCUUAUGGCAGUGGUCCUCAUGUAUUGGCACUUACAGAUAAAGGAGAGGUAUAUUCUUGGGGACAUAAUGGAUUCUGUGAAUUGGGUAAUGGAUCAUCGAAUCAUGGAUUGACUCCAACUCCUGUAGGAAUGCCUUUGAGCGAAAAAGUUGUGAUAGACAUUGCUUGUGGAAGUCAUCAUUCUCUUGCUCUUACGGAUGAAGGAGAGGUUUAUGCAUGGGGACAAAACAAUUGUGGACAAGUAGGUAGUGGCAUAAGUUCUAAUCAAGGGGCACCACGAAAAAUUAAUUCCUCUUUAACCGGUAAAAAAGUUGUGUCUAUCACUUGCGGUCAGACUUAUAGUAUGGCGGUUACAAAUAACGGUGAAAUUUAUGGUUGGGGUCAUAAUGGGGUUGGGCAAUUAGGAAAUGGAACCUAUACUAAUCAAUUGAAUCCAUGUAAAGUUACAGGUUUAAUAGGAAUAGUUAUAGAAAAAGUUGCUUGCGGUUAUGCGCAUACAUUAGCGUUAAGCGACGAAGGUGUACUUUAUGUCUGGGGAAGUAAUAGUUAUGGUCAAUUAGGUCUUGGCAAUAAAACAAAUGCUUGUGUUCCUAUGAAGUUAUCUGUACCAGAAAUGGGACGAGUAUCUGAUAUAGCAGCAUUGCAUUAUAAUCAUAUAAGUGUUGCAAUUGGAGAAGGACAUAAAGUAUUUAUGUGGGGUCAAUGUCGUGGACAAAGCAUUACGGUACCAACACCAACUCUAUUAGCACAUUUGCAUGAUGCUCUAGCCUGUUAUGCAUCUCCAAGCGUAAUGCAUCGCCCACUAUUUCUUUAUGCAGCAGAAGAGAUGAAUAUUGUGGAUUGUUUAAAACAGGCAUUUGAUGAUUCUACAACAAGUGACUUGAUAAUACAGGUGCAAGCUAGACCUAUCUAUGUUCAUAAGGCUGUGUUAAAAAUACGAUGUCAGUAUUUUAGGACAAUGUUUCAAGAAUGUUGGAUGGAAAAUAAUCAGAGCGUUCUCCAUCAUGAUCAAUUUUCUCAUGAUGUUUUUAAAUCAUUUUUGAAAUAUCUGUAUACAGAUGAAGUUGAUCUUCCUCCUGAAAAUGCAUUAGAAUUAUUGGACUUAGCAAAUGUAUAUUGUGAAACGCAAUUGAAAAGACGAUGCGUUCAAAUAAUUAAACAAGGAAUAACUGUUCUCAAUGUGGCUUAUCUAUAUAGAACAGCGAUGAAUUAUAAUAUUCAGGAGUUAGAAGAGUUUUGUUUUAAAUUUGCAUUAAAUCAUAUGACUGCUGUAAUACAGACGUCUAAUUUUGGUACAUUGGACGAAGAGACAGUAAAAACAUUUAUAAUUAAAGCCGCCCGAGCAGGAGCUUUUAAAACAUGAAUUUUGCGAUAUGAAUGAUCUUGUUAUUACAGUAGUAUAAGAUUUGGUAUAAUAUGCGUUGACGUAAGGCAAUAAUCCUUGCAAUAGCCUUCUUAUAGCGAUCUGCUUAUUUUAUUAAUUAAAACUAUGAUAAGAUAAAUUCAUAAUCUAGUUGAUGAUAGUCGGUCAUGAUCAACUUAUUUUUUAGUCCUGGAAAUUGUGAUUGGUAAUAACAUGUCUAUUAGUGAAAUUUUUGUAGUUGCCAUUAAUUAGUAUUACAUUCAUGAAAUGUGAAACUAUUAUAUUAAAUAUAUA